AUGAUGAUGAUGCCGCUGAACGGGAAGCAGGCAUUCGGCAUGUCGCCGCCGCCGUCCUCCAACCUGGCAGAGCCCAAGUACUCCAGCCUGCACGGAUCGCCUGCCUCCAACUUGUCCUCCACCCCGUCCAGCAGCAGCAGCGGCGGUAGCAGCAACAGCAGCUCCGAGACGAUGUGCCGAGUGUGCUUGCCAACAGCCCCGAGCAAUAUAUUCGGCGGGCUGGAUGAAAGUUUGGUGGGCCGAGCUGAGGCGCUGGCGGCGGUGGAGAUUGGAGCUCCGAGCAGCAAGAACCAGCCGUUCAAGCCGGACGCCAGCUACCACACCAUGAACAGCAUCCCGUGCAGCUCCAGCUCGUCGUCCAUCAGCAGUCACCCUCCUCCUCUUCCCUCGCACCACCACCCGCACCACCACCAUCCCCACCACCAUCACCAUCACCCUCAGCAGCCGCACCCCCACCAUCACAACCCCCAAAACCUGGACGGCGAGUUACUGGAGCACAUGUCGCCGGGUCUGGGGCUGCCCACCAUCACCGGGCCGGACGGCAGCGUGGUGUCGCCGCCUCCCUCCGCUCCCCCUCCUCCUCCCCCUCCACCUCCUCCACCACCCCCUCACAUGGCCGCCAUCAACCACAUGCACCAGGCCAUGAGCCUGGCAGCGGCCGCCGCUGCUCACGGUCACGGCCACAGCCUGGGCGCCUCGCACGGAGGCUUGGCGCCGGGCUGCCUGGGCGAGGUGGACGCCGACCCCCGCGACCUGGAGGCGUUCGCCGAGCGCUUCAAACAGCGGCGCAUUAAGCUUGGUGUCACCCAGGCGGACGUGGGCUCGGCCCUGGCCAACCUGAAGAUCCCCGGCGUGGGUUCCCUCAGUCAGAGCACCAUCUGCCGCUUCGAGUCGCUGACCCUGUCGCACAACAACAUGAUCGCGCUGAAACCCAUCCUGCAGGCCUGGCUGGAGGAGGCCGAGAAGUCCCACCGGGAGAAGCUCAGCAAGCCCGAGCUCUUCAACGGCGCCGACAAGAAGAGGAAGCGCACGUCCAUCGCUGCCCCGGAGAAGCGCUCACUGGAGGCUUACUUCGCCAUCCAACCUCGGCCGUCCUCCGAGAAGAUCGCCGCCAUCGCCGAGAAGCUGGACCUCAAGAAGAACGUGGUCAGGGUCUGGUUCUGCAACCAGCGGCAGAAACAGAAGCGGAUGAAAUACUCCGCAGGCCACUAG